UGAGGGAGCGCUGCGUUGUGAGGGAGCGGCGCUUGCACUUGAGGGGCAUUUACCGACCCGUAACGAUAAUAAACGUGAUAGUUGUCUAUCGACAUAGCGCUAUGGACACAAUUAGUGCCACGGGACACAGGAGACCGCAGGAUCUUCAGCAGCAAGAAGCCACCGACAUCACACCGGACCAGGCCUGCCCGGGCAAGGGCUGCUGUGUCUGGGACAUCUGCCCAAGGAGCGAUCUCAGAGACACAAGGACAGGAGCCUGUGCUUGAGCUCGGGAUGCAUAAGCGAAUAUUCUCCUUAACGUGAUUACUUGCAAGUAAUAGUUGCUCAUCAUGACUGACCUAUCGCCUGAAGAAAUUCAACUAAGAGCCAACCAAGUGACUGAUGAGUCUUUGGAAAGCACAAGAAGGAUUCUUGGCUUGGCCAUAGAGUCCCAGGAUGUCAGCAUCAAAACUAUUACCAUGCUGGAUGAACAAGGAGAACAACUAAAUCGCAUAGAAGAAGGUAUGGACCAGAUAAAUAAGGAUAUGAGAGAAGCUGAGAAGACCCUGACAGAGCUCAACAAAUGUUGUGGGCUCUGUGUCUGCCCUUGUAACAGGACAAAGAACUUUGAAGCCAGCAAGGCAUACAGAGCAACCUGGGGAGAUGGAACUGAGAACUCGGCAGAUCAUGUGAUAUCCAUGCAGCCACGAAGUAUAAAUCAGCAGCAGCCUCAGACUUCUGGAAGACCAAGUGGUGGAUAUAUCACAAGGAUAACAAAUGAUGCCAGAGAAGAUGAAAUGGAUGAAAAUCUUGCUCAAGUGGGAAACAUUCUUGGGAACUUGAAAAACAUGGCUUUGGAUAUGGGCAAUGAGAUUGAUGCCCAGAAUAAACAAAUAGACCGGAUAAAUGUCAAGGCCGAUACAAACAGGGACCGCAUUGAGCAAGCCAACAUCAGAGCCAAGAAACUAAUUGACAAUUGAAGUCUGUCAUUUUUUGAAUGACACUGUCUCUCCAGCUGCAAGCCACCAUAUUUAUGGAUCUGUGAAACUCCUAUUCUGAGAUAAGAGGGUCUGGGAAAAAUGAAGCAGUAAUUUUUUUUUCUGUAGGGAUUCAUUUUCUUGUGUCUUUUUUAUUAUUGCUUCUUGUAAAUGUGGCCUUGACUCCAAGAAAGCAGCCAACAUAGCUUCCUUCCCAUCUGCCUUCAACUGCUCAGGGCUAAAAGUGUUAUGGCUUUGAGAAUCAUCUUGCAUGUUUUAUUCUUCUUCCAGUCUUUUUUCCUGCACCCAAAAUAGUCCUUUACCCCACUUGUUCAACUUCAGUAACCUGAAUUCACAGCUGUGGAGAGUUGGAGAGGGCACUUUGCACUGUUUGAAAUACCUCAUAAGUUGAGUGUCUUCACUAAAAUAGAGACUUGGUAAAUAUUUGUCUGAUUUGUAUGUCUAGCAGCUCAGCUGUAGUUUUACAACCCAAAUCACAUGAUUGGUUUGAGAUUUGAGUUGGUGGAUUACAAAACCACAUACUGCUUGUGGGUUGAGGGUUUUAAAUCACUUUGUAACCACACAAACUUUAAUGUAAAGGUAACUGAAGGGAUUUAUAAGUUUCAGUUUCUUUAAUGUAAACUGAUAUGGGUUGGGAGGUCAUGACUAGGAAAUCAUGCUGCAUUGUUCUGGCAAUAUUUGUUGUUUGUGUGUAUGUACCUGAUGGAAACCCCAUGCAGGUGUAAGUAGAAGCAAAUAAACCUAUUUCCCCCAAAAUAUUUAUUUGAUUAAAAAAAAUGAUGCUCCUUCUUUGAAAAUUAACUCUUCAGUGCAUGAAUGAUGCAUCUUAACUAGAGGAGACUGAGUAGAAAAGCAUGCAGCUUUCUUGCAUCCCACACCAGAUUUUAUUGUGGCCUUUCACAGGAGUUCAGUUUCUGCCUUUCUCCAGUGCAAAAAAGUUGGUACAGAGUUUGCUCUCAGCAAUGACUUUGAGGGAGCUUCUUAAACUCAGAGAAAACAGAAACUUAGUAUUAAACUUCUCUGGAGGAAGCUGUACCUAUUUAAGAACUGUAUGCUAGUUCUAAAUGGAUUCCUGACUGGUUAUUAUUGCAGGCUUUGGGACUGGCAAUUGGAAAUACUACACAUCCAAGUUACCUGCAACUAAAACAUUUCUGUUCUGUUGCUGAGUAGAGGAGUUUCUGACCAGGUGAGGUAAAGCUCCCUCCCUAUGAAAACCCCACCAUUUUGCUUUUACUGUAACAAUAUCAGGUUUAUUCCCAGGUUUUUCUGGGGAUUUUUUUGCCAAUGAGCUGUAUAUUUUUAACUCAACCCAGCAAUAUCUUAUGACUGUUAUAAAGGUUAAAAUGAUGCUUUGGAUUAAGCUGUGAUACUUGAUGCUGGAUGGCAAAAAUCUUCAAAUUAAAGUGAUUGGAGGAAUAGCUUUAUAAAGCAUUGUGUGGUCAUUUUGGAAAGAGUCUGCAAAUAUCCUGUAGCCAUUAAUAAUGAAGCCCAGAGCUAGAAAGAUGACAUUAAUCUGCUGAAAUGUAAGACCAAGUGUCAAGUGUUUUUGUUUUCUUCUUAGUAGAAACAGAGUCAGUAUUAGUGAUAUAUUCUCAAUUCACUCCUAGAACAACAAAAUGAAGCACAAACAAGAACAAUUUAAAAAAGCUGACCAAAGGAUGGAGCUGUUGCAUGUAAUAGGCCAGUGGCAGACUGUUAUGUGAAUAAGGUAAAGUGAUUUUUGGGGACUGGAUACUUCAGUAGCAUGUGGUUUUGGUUUCUGUCUAGCUUCCAGUAAUUGUUGGAAAGCUAAUGGAUUUUACAGUCUUAUUAUCCACCCCAUUAGCAAAUGAAGAUUAUGUGCUUAAAAACACAAGUAGCAAAGAAGUACUUUCAAGAACAUUGUAGUAAAUCUCUAACAACUGUUUGCAUGGGAAUGCAUUGGGGGCUUCACUUCCUACAAACUUCAGGUGAACUGAAGGAAUGUUUGCUGCUGAUAGUGAAAGCAAAGUAUACAUUACUUAAUGAUGAUUGUUUCCUGGAACAGAAGACCAAAGCAGUUACCUUUUUCUGCUGAAAACAGCAAAAACAGUGCAAACCUGCUCUGUAGCAUUUGGACAUUCCAAACCUUGGAAUGUUUUUCUCUCUUGCCAUUAGAGAUACAUGUUCUUGACUUCCUGAGCUCUUAACAACAAAUUAGCACCUUGGUCUGAGAGAAUGCUGUGAUGGAUUUAUCAGAGUUGUAAGAUUGCAAUGAAUACCAUGUAUGGAAAUAACUUCUGAGACUCUAAGCUUGACUAUUAGCAGAAUAUCAGUGCUGGUGUUUUUGAUGCAGCAAGAGUCAAAUCUGUGAGAGAGUUGGUGCUUUCAUGUUAUUUAACAACAGUCUGCUUCUUGGAUUGUCUUAGUGUUGUCUGUAGAAUAGAUGCUUAAUUUCUGUAUCUAUGGGAUGGAAUCAAUACUUGUUCAUCUUUGUAUUUCUAAAUGCUAUUAAGAAUGAAGGUUUACAGUUCCUGCUUUUGAUUGUUGAACUACAUAUUGUGAACAAAAAAUAUAUACUUUUGUAACUGAAUGUGUUUUAAAACUAUUUUUCUCACAAAUGUCUUUGUUUAACAGUUUCCUGUCCUUGAAAAAACUUGGCAGAACUAGUUGCUACUCUGCAACUAGGAAGUGUCCUUUCUAUUUAUAUUUCACAGAAAGCCUAAUGCUAACAAAGGAAUGGGUGUGGUUGGGAAGAGAAUAUUAUCUUCCUUAACUCUCUAGUUUUCAUGCCUGCAUAAUCAAAAACCACCUAACUUUCAAGUAUGAAGUAUGUUCAUCACUUCUUUGAAAGACUGGGACUUUACAUGGGACUGUAUUUCAGGAUGAGAAAGGAACUAAGGAAAAUCAUUUGAACUUUCUAGUCAAGUGUUAGUAACAGCUGCCCAGCAAACAGGUAGUUUGCCAAUGCAGUUUCUCUUGAGGCUGUUAAAGUUGUAUUUCCUCUGAUGGUAGAGCCUCAGAUUCCCUCAAUGCUCUUAGUGGUAGAAAGGGGGGAAAUAGAGAUGUGCAUUCAUUUGCAGCACUUUUAUGUUCCAAGAGAAUAGUGAUAUCUGGGAGUGGCUCAGAAGUACUUCCCUUAGUAUCAGUAAUUAAUGUACAAUGGUCUCAUUAGGAAUAGAUGGUGUCUGCUUAUCUUGCCAAGAAGUGCAUGUAGUACAACUCCUACUUGAUGGUUCUAGGCAUGCAGUACGUGGUAUAUGAAUUAAUCCUGAAGUGUUGGCAUCCUCAAAUCCGUUGCAUUCUCAUAGCAGUGUUGAAAUGUAGCUGGUUCCAAGAACUGAUGGAACCCAGCAGCAAAGUGGUAGCUUUCAGUGCUAGCUUAAGACUACUUGUUCAAGUGACAGCAGCAGUUGCACUAAAUCAACUGGAACUGGGUUUUUUUAAAUGAAUUUACUAAAAUAAACAAGUACAUUUUCCUUUUCAGUAUAAGCUACAUCAUUGCAUACAUUUUCAGCUUCUCUAGGUGCUUUUGGUAAUAAGGCAGUAGCAGUAGGCUGGUAACUAAAGCUUUCAGCAUUGCUCUGUACACAAGGAGUCAGUGCAAGGUUGUUAUAUUUUCCAGCAAUCUACAUUUUCACUGAAUAGGUUGAAGAUGAACCUCAUGUUUAUUUGUUAGAGCUCAAGCAGAAGUGGACUGUAGUGCAAUUCUUGCUUCUAGGGAAAGAAAGCCUGUACAGUAAAAUAUUAAUGAAUUGGAUGAUCAAACUAUGAUUUGUUCGCUGGAAGCAGUUAAUAAAACACUAAACUUUGCCACAA